AUGAGGCUCUUUCAUGGCACUAUUGCUUGCCUGGCGGCUUUGCCUUUGGCAUCCGCUGCUCUCGACAAAAACGCUUCUUCGAUCCUGGGCACUUUGCCCAACUGUGCGUCGAAAUGUCUAGUGACGAACGUCUUGACCUCAGCUUGUGACCUCGAAGAUAUUCAAUGCACAUGCGAUAACGCAUCCCUCCAGAAAGAGAUCGAGACAUGCGUUUUAGCGACUUGUACUAUCAGAGAAGCACUAUCCACAAAAAAUGCUACUAUGAUACUAUGCAACGCCCCCGUUCGAGACGUUCGACCCAACUUUAUCCGCAUCAAUACCGUAAUGGGCAUCAUUUCAGGCGUGUUCGUCUUCAUACGCUUCGCGACCAAGAUCACCUAUUCGAUCUCGAUGGGUCUAGACGACCUCCUCAUAGCGAUAACAAUGCUCCUCGCCGCCUUUUGCAUCUGUAUCAACGCUUUCGGGUCGGCCCCCAAUGGCAUAGGGACAGACAUCUGGACACUCACUCCUGAGCAAAUAACGAACUUUGGCUACUGGUUCUAUGUCAUUGUCCUCACUUACUUUAUACUGCAGACGACGAUGAAGCUUAGCUUGCUCUUCUUCUAUCUUCGCAUCUUUCCAAGCAAGGGUGUCCGCAGGCUUCUCUGGGGAACUGUCGCGUUUAUUUGCGCCAACGGGACAAUCUUUGCACUUGUUGCCACCUUCCAAUGCCGGCCCAUCAGUCAUUUUUGGACCAAAUGGGAUGGGAAUCACAAGGGCUGGUGUGCCAACGUCAAUGGCGUUGCUUGGUCUAAUGGUGCUAUCAAUAUUGCAUCGGAUUUCUUGAUUCUAAGCAUUCCGCUCUUUCAACUAAGAAAAUUAAACCUGGACUUGAACAAGAAGAUUGGUAUCGGUCUGAUGUUUAGUGUCGGUGCCUUCGUUACCUUUAUGAGUAUCUUCCGUCUAUAUGCCUGUAUCGUCGCGGGAGUGAGCCAUACGGAUAACCAAUCAUGGGACUACCUCGCCAUGUCGAAGUGGUCUACCGUGGAGGUCAAUGUUGGCAUAUGGUGCGCGUGCAUGCCUACACUGCGCAUUAUGCUUAUGCGACUCUUUGGUCAGUCCAAGCGCUACAUCAGCUAUGGCAGCAACAAGAGUGGUCAAGAGAUUAGUCGAGAAGACCCCAAUAGACCUCGCACCAAAUCAUAUCCUUUGGAGAGAAUGCCAGGCGCAAGUGCAAGCGCAAACGCCGUCAAGGGAUCACGCGGGGAAAUCCAGCCCGUCGGAAUCACUUGCGACACCAUUGUCGAGGUGGAGUAUGGUGCCCAUGACGAUGAAACGAAUCUGGUGCAUAUGAAGACUUUUGAUCGUUCCAAGAGUUAUCGCUCUUUCUCCCAGUCUGAAGCUUCGGUCUAG